UACGUGCGCGCCCCUCGUAUCGCGUGGUGGCGAGCGACCAUAUUGCUGCUACUGGCUGAGUAAGGGUUGUUGUCCUGUGUAGGCCACUGUGGACGCGGAUCUUUACAUUUUUUUUUAUGUUUUAACCGAGUGUGAACCACUCUGCGUCUUAGACUGAAGACAUUUUGGUCUAAGAGCGACAGAGGAGCGGCGCACUCCCACCGAGCAACUUCACGUUUCCCUAAGAGCCAAUUCCGUCCGGGGAGGGGAGGAGGAGGAUUGGUAAUCCCGAAGUGGGGGGGGGAAGAAAGACGGCGGUUGGAAAUGGCCACUCAGGUGGAGGCUCUCCUGCCGGGCAACCCGCUUAUUAAGGCGGAAGAACGCGGCGAAGUGAUUCGCGGCGAGCCGGAGGAGGACGGUGUGGCGACCGAGCGGGGUGCCGUCGAGCUGGAACGAGGUAGCGCCGGGUGUGAGGAGAACCACGAUUCGGAGGCGGGCGAGGGGGGAUCUGACAGCGAGGCCAAGCCGGGCGAGGAGGGUGUUGAAAGCAGGAAGGAGUUUACCGAGGCCCCCCCGCCCAAGGUGAACCCCUGGACGAGGAAGAUGAACGCGGUGACCCUGGUCAGCGUGAACGGACAAGCACAUCACGAGUCUACUGGUCCCGCCAAGGUGGUGAGAGCAGGCAACCCACCUAAACCCAGACGUGGAGGAAAGGUUGGGGACUUUGGCGACGCCAAUAGCUGGCCCACCCCAGGGGAGAUUGCAACUAAAGACAUGCAGAUCGAGGCAGUGACACGGACCGUGUCCUGCCCCCCGACUAUCAGGCAGGUCAAAGACUCGUGGAGAUCCACUGCUCACAAGAGGAUGUCCACCAGGAAGGAGAUAAAGGAGAAGAGGGAGAGCGACGAGGAGAGCAAGGAGAACCUGAAAACUAAGUCGGACGACUCGGGAGAGGAGAAGAACGGCGACGACGACUCACAGAAGAAUGGGCAGAAGAAGAAAGGAAACAAACAAAAGUGGGUUCCCCUUAUGAUUGAAGUCAAGUCCGAGGGCCCCAGGGAGCGCUCAGCCUCCCGUAACAACAGCAGGCCUAAUGAAAAUCCUCGCCUGGCUCCCAACGCCAGGAACGACCUACGUGACUGGCACAGUCAGAAGUACGAGCGGGAGUGGCGCGACGACCACGACGAGGUGUCUAGUGUAAAGAGCGAGGGAGCGCCAUUUCGCGGAGGCUUCAGGGGUCGUGGACGCGGCAGAGGAAGGGGCCGGGGCCGAGGCCGGGGCAGAGGCCACUACGACUACCACCAAGCUUACAAGGCCUAUGACAUGAAAGACGGACCUUAUGGGCAGAAGUUCGGCAACUCUGUAACUUACUACUACGACAACAUGAGCAGCAGUGACCUGUACUCUGUGGACCAGGACCUACUCAAGGACUACAUCAAGAGGCAGAUUGAGUACUACUUCAGCCUGGACAACCUGGAACGGGACUUCUUCCUGCGGAGGAAGAUGGAUGACGAAGGCUUCCUGCCUAUCGGACUCAUCGCCAGCUUUCACAGAGUGCAGGCCCUCACCACCGAUGUCAACCUCAUUCUGGAAGCUCUGAAGGACAGCAAGGUCGUGGAAAUAAUGGAUAUGAAGAUCCGUCGCAAGGUGGAGCCGGAGAAGUGGCCCCUCCCGGGCCUGACGGUACCCAACCACACCGACUUUUCCCAACUCAUAAACUGCCCGGAGUUUGUCCCCAGGCAGAUCACAGAGGAGUCCAGAGGUUCUUCCAGGGCCUCAACGCCCGUGAAGCCCCCUCCCAAACAUGAAUCUGACACGCCUUCCAACCUUAAGACGAUGCCCAAGGGCCUCUCUGCCAGCCUCCCAGACUUGGACUCAGAGUCCUGGAUUGAGGUCAAGAAGAGGCCCAGACCCUCACCUGCCAGACCCAAGACGCCCUCCAUGCAGCAGCAGAAGGAAAAGGACGACUUGAACCGCUCACCGCUACCUCAUUCUGGCACCUCCCCUUCUCCCGCCACCCCUGGAAAUAAGGACGGCGGUGAGCAGGAUGAGCCUGAGGAGCUUGACUUCAUGUUCGAUGAGGAGAUGGAGCAGAUGGACGGACGGCGCAACACCUUCACCGACUGGUCCGACGAGGACACGGAUGGCGAGAUCGACGACCACGACGUUAACAAGAUCUUGAUCGUGACGCAGACGCCUCCCUACCUAAGGAAGCACCCGGGUGGUGACCGCACGGGGCACCACACGUCACGCGCCAAGCUCACCAGCGAAUUGGCCAAGGUGAUCAACGACGGCCUCUUCUACUACGAGCAGGACCUGUGGGACGACACGUACGAGCCAGAGUACGCCACCAUCAAGCAAGAGGUGGAGAACUUCAAGAAGGUUCAUCUGAUCAGCCGCGAAGAGUUUGACUGCCUGACCCCUGAGCCCCCUGUCGACCCAAACCAGGAAGUGCCCCCCGGCCCCCCACAACCCCAGCAGAUUCCUACAGACGCUUUGGCAAACAAACUCUUUGGCGCCCCAGAGCCUUCGUCGAUAGCGCGAUCGCUCCCGACAACUGUACCUGACUCACCCAACUACCGCAAUGCCCGCACGCCCCGCACCCCGCGCACACCUCACCGGAAGGACCCCACCAUGACACCUCGCUUUUACCCAGUGGUCAAGGAGAGCCGGCCCGUCGACGCCAAGACGCCGAGGAAAAGGAAGACCAGGCACAGCUCCAACCCACCCAUGGAGUGUCACGUCGGGUGGGUGAUGGAUUCCAGAGAGCAUCGUUCCCGCACUGCCUCAGUCAGUUCCAACGCCAGCCCCUCAGAGGGCACACCUGCCUUGAGUAACGUGGGCUGCACUCCGCAGUCCCUCCCCAAGUUCCAGCAUCCAUCCCACGAGCUACUGAAGGAGAAUGGCUUCACGCAACACGUCUACCACAAGUACCGCCGACGCUGCCUAAACGAGCGAAAGCGGCUUGGAAUCGGGCAGUCCCAGGAGAUGAACACCCUGUUCCGCUUUUGGUCGUUCUUCCUACGUGAUCACUUCAACAGGAAGAUGUAUGAGGAAUUUCGGCAGCUUGUGGUAGAGGACGGGAAAGAAGGAUACAGGUAUGGGUUGGAGUGCCUGUUCAGGUACUACAGCUACGGUUUGGAGAAGAAAUUCAGGCCUGAGAUAUUCAAGGACUUCCAGGAGGAGACCAUGAAGGACUACGAGGCUGGUCAGCUGUAUGGACUGGAGAAGUUCUGGGCCUUCCUCAAAUAUUCCAAAACCAAGACCUUAGAGAUCGACCCUAGGCUGCAAGAGUAUCUGAGCAAGUUUAAACGCCUGGAGGACUUCAGGAUUGACCCGCCAAUGGAGGAAGGAGGCCGCAGGAGACACCCGUCCAGCGGAGACGGCCGCCGUCGCCACCCCUCCCAUCCCUCGAGCCGCCCCCAGAGCCAGAGCAGUUCCAGCCCCACAGCCACCGGCCCUACCCCCACCGCCGCCAAGGAUGAUGCCAAAACCGACUUCGUACCAGGUGGCAAGACACUAAAGUAGAAGACACCAGCCCACAUGGAUUAACUCAUAUGUUACUGGUUCUCAAGGGAGGGUUCCACCUCGCUUUUUGCUGAAUCACAAAGCCCACCCACCCAAUUCUUUUUUUUGUUCUUAAAAAGCUUGAGGAAUGAGUAAAAUAACCAAGAUGGCGUGCUUGAUGAAUGUGUUAGGUUUUGGAGCUGACUGUCUUAAUGAGGCAAGAUGAAUGACACGUGUCAAACACAUUUUUUUGCAAACCAUCGCCAGUCCACCAGGUGGAAGCUGUUACGGUUAUUUCUUUUCUUUUUUUUUUUAUUCUGUGGCAAGAGUCCCCUUACUCCGAUCUCAAGAUUUUUCUUUUUUGUGGUGUGGCAGCAUCGGAGACCUGGGAAUAGUUUUGCUGGCAUCCGACCGGACCAAAGCGGUUUGAACCGAGUGACUGCAGAUCCCCAUAUUUGAUUUCCUGGACUUUUGAGGAGAAAAAAAGUGAACUCAACAUUAAAAAGAGGAGGAGAAAAGACUUACUUCAAACCCUCAGUGUGGAUACGAUCGAUGAUACGAUCAAUGAGAUUUGCCUUAUUUUAAUGGUUUUAGCUUGGAGGUGGAGGUGGGGGGGGGGGUGAGUGUUUGCCAGUUGCCUUGCGAGCAUUUCCAGCAGAGGCCACAAGGUGGUGCCGUGUCUGCCAAACAGCUUCAACUGUCUUCCAAGUGUCAUUUUGGGUCUGUUACAAGUCCUGUGAGUCCCUCACUUUUUUCCUGUGGCUCUGUCACAUGCAUCCACGUCUUUCCGGAGACUUGUAUGGUGACUGGAUCGUUUUUGGGUGCUUCCUUCACGUCCUGCUCGGCCAUUCUGCAUCCAUCCAUCUGUCUGGACUGGAAUCAUCGAUUUAUAAUCUGGAUUACUUGAAAAACUGGCGCGUCUGGAUGGGGCGGCGUCAUGCCCCGUGCGCUUGAAAUUCCUGUCUGACACGGAUGUCCUCCAUGAUGAAGAGAACUAACAGAUGACUUACUUGCCUUAUAUGUGUACGUGCUCAUCAACGUGUUUAACGCUUCUCUGUUUUCAAUUUGCUGUGUCGUGUUGUUUUUUUUUUAUUGUGACAGAAGUGGGAUUUUUUUUUCCUCCCCCAAAUGUCAGUUCCAUCUGGAUCAUCCAACGUGGAUUUUAAAACAACACGAAAGGGAAUGCUGACAUCAAGGGAGUGGACGGGUGGACGCGAUGACAGAAGAUCUAACUAAUUUUGUUUCAUGUUGAAAUUGGUUCCAUUUCCCCCCCAACCCCAUCUUUUUAUUUUUUAUUAAUGGGCUUUUGUUUGAUUAGCGCCCUUUAGCUGCUUUUGAAGCCGCUUACAAAGAAACACUUGGAUUUUAUUUUUAUGAGUAAAACAAAUUGAGAUUUUUUUUUUUUACGUUUAAGCACCAACAAGCUACUUCCUGUCACAUGUUUUAACACAGCCAGAAGGAGCUGACUGCAUUACCUUUUGGUCAGCCACCCCCAGGGGCCCCCGCCAUUUGUUCAUGUUGCAGCAGCACAGAUGGAUGUCACCAUGUUCUUGUUUCUCUUCAGAGAGAGUUAGAUGUGUUUAAGAGGCUUACAUAUGAUGCAUCAAAGUGUUCAGGUGAGGUUAAAAGGAGAGAGGACGAUACGGAUGAGACUGUAUGGUUGGCUGCAAGUAUAGCAGGUUGACUUCUCCCCACCCUCCUGUCAGUACAUUUCCAGGAGUUCAGCUGGUGUGGAAGUUGUCCACCCUCUGUCACCUAUUGGGGUGUUUCUAGCUCUCGAACUGAAGGAGGGGUGCGACACCCUAAACCUGAGCUGGCCAAAGCCCAAAGAUGCAAAGCAGUGCGAGUCCAGGAUAUGAGGAAAUAUUGUUGCUUAUGUCAGCAGACUGAAAAAAGGACCAGUUGUCCACUCUCUGCCCCUUAUUGGAGUAUUGCAAGCUCUCAACUCUCGAGGAGUAUGCCGCACCCGCAAAAUGAGCUGGUCCCAAGGGGGCGAUGUGGAGCCCGAAGAUGCAAAAUGAGUGUGAUGAGGAAAUAUGGUUGCUUAUGAUGUCUGCAGAAUGAAAAAAGAACCAGUUGUCCACUCCUCUGUCUCCGAUUGGAUUUGGAUUAGCUAGUUGCUAGCUCUCAAACCAACUCUCGGAUGGGGGUUGCUGUACCCUCAGCGUGAGCCGGCAACAAGGGGACGGCGUGGACCUCGACAUGCAAACCAACCAACCAAGCAAGCUUGAGCGCUGCGUGUGAGGAAAUAUGGUUUAUGUCUGCAGACUGAAAAUGGACAAAAAGUAUCAUAAAGCCAUAUGAAUAUACUUGGAAACAAAACACACAACCUGUCUAUGAACUGUUGCAUCACAAUAUCUUAGGCUUGUCAUGAGGAAAAAAAAUGUGAAAAUGACCAAAAAAGGAACAAAAAAAGUAUAUCUAUAAAACGGAAAAAUGUAAAAUACUUGAAUGAGAUCUUGUAUUAUAACAUUUAAUAUUCACUAUCCGCUUUGUAGGCUGAUGUGAUUCGCUUAUUAGUGUUAUUUGUAAUUUGUAGUAAUUAUGCUUUUUCCUUUUAAUAAAAGAAAAAAAAAACAAAACGGACACAAAAAACAAAGGCU